AUCAGCUGACCGGGUCACGUGACCGCGAGGUCUGCUUCGCGUCUCCGCACAAAAUGGAGUUGUCAGAUUCUGUUGUGAAGGGGCUUCAAACCCUAGCCGAUCCAGCUUACUUGGACUUAAAAUCGUUCACCAUCUUCACCGAAGCGGCCUUCAGCAGUCUGCUGUCGUUUCCGACUGGCAGCGUUUUCGAUUACCCAGAACUGAAGAACAUGGAUCAAUCUCUCCUGAAACACUGUCACAUUGCAGCAACAACAUUUAUACUGGAAGGAGUAAAACAGAAUGCAGACAGGUCAACUAUAUGCUCGUCCCUCGAAGACCUCAAAUUUGACAGUGAGAGAGUGGAUGCGUUUUACAUGCUAUAUCAGAAAAACAAAACUAACCUGGAAAAACUGUUGUCAAGCAUUGAUGGAUGCCCCCCUCACAUAACAGAUGUUUCUUGGCGCUUGGAUUACUGCAUAAAGAACAGCCAUGUGCAUAAGGUCAAUCAGCCAUCAUAUCUGAUUUCUUUCAACACUGAGAGUGGUGACAAUAACGGCGCUUCUUCGAAACUAAAUUUUAGCUGCACGUUGGAGCAACUUCAGGAUUUAGUGGGGAAGAUGAAGGAUGCAGCGAAGAGUCUGGAGAGAGCCGCCCAGCUAUGAUUCUUUACCAGAUCAUACCUCCGGUCUGCAUUGUAAUAUGCUCCAUCUUCAGCCUCUACCCGACCAAGUCCAUGUUUGAUGUGUUUUUUUUUUUUUUUUUUUUUUUUUUUGUACGUUUCAAUGUUCACAAUAAAAUAACAAUCAAAACGCU